GUGAGACGGGCGGAAAGUCGGCUCAAAAUCCACGUGCAACUCAUAUUUGUUUCCAAUUGACUACUCUUUAAUCUUUCUUUAGUAAUUAAAAUCCUAUAAAAUUUAAAUACCUAGUUUAAUUUUUGAACUUUGUUUAACUUUGAUUCAUUUUAAAAAUGUCGUCUUUCAAAAAUGCAUCAAAGUCUUUUCAAAAAUCUCACAAGGAGAGACACCAGCCCAAUGCCAGACAACAUCUUGGACAUUUGGAAAAGAAGAAGGACUACAAGGAACGGGCUGACGACUACAAUGCAAAAAAGAUACAGUUACAAUAUUUACAAAAGAAAGCGUUGGAUCGUAAUCCAGAUGAGUUUUACUAUCACAUGAUCAAUGCUGAAGUGAAGGAUGGUAUUCAUCUCGACAAAGCAAAGACCGUGGAACUGACCGAUGAACAGAUAAAAUUGAUGCAAACACAGGACAAACGUUACAUUGCGGCAAGACACGUAAUGGAAACGCGAAAGGUGGCCCGACUAAACGAAACCUUGCAGAGGUUGGAGGAGGCCCCCUCAAAUAAACACACAUUUUUUGUCGACGACGAAAAAGAGUUGAAACGAUUCAAUCUAGCAAAGCGAUUAGACACUCCUGCCUCCCUUCUUUCUCGACGUUACAACCGACCUCGAACAGCAGAUCUGACGAAAACUCUGCUAAAUGUCAAAGAUCCUGCAACUAUCGAAGCCUGCAGUAAACUCAGGGGGAAAGGUUAUAAAGAAUUGCAAAGGCGAAUGGAACGACAGCAGAAACUUAUUACUUUGGAAAAGAAAAUGGAAAUCAAGAAAACGUUGCAAAAUAAGAAACGAACUGUUAAAGAACGCAUUGCUCCAGAAACUAAGGAUGCUGCACCAAUCUACCUAUUUAAACAAGAAAGAUGCAAAUAAUGGCACCGUUUUAUCAGGAUCAGGACCAAAGCGACUACAAGUUGUUAGUUAUGAUAUUUUUUAUUUUAUUAUUUAUACGUACAUGUCCAUAUUUUCGGUAUUGAUUCAAUCUCAUAAAAUGAAAUAAGUUUGACAAUUGAGUUAA